ACGUAUCAGAAAUUUCUAGUCUUUAAUAUUUAUAUGAAAUAUCAUUGGAUUUUAUAUGAAAGACACGAACGGACGAGAACAUGUUCCGCGCGUUUAGCUUUAUUUCCUUAUUGCUCUUUAUUGGUCUCGUCCAUGGUGAGAUCAAAAACAAAGGAUGGUGGAAAAACGCAGUAUUCUAUCAAAUCUAUCCACGAAGUUUUAUGGAUUCGAAUGAUGAUGGAGUCGGUGAUCUAAAAGGUAUUUCAUCGAAAUUGGAACAUUUCGUCGACGCUGGAGUUCGAGGAAUAUGGCUUUCACCUAUUUAUGCGAGUCCAAUGAUAGAUUUUGGUUACGACAUAUCAGACUUCAAAACCAUACAUCCAGAGUUUGGUACGAUGGAGGAUUUUGAGACAUUGGUGGCACAAUCGAAACGACAUGGAUUGAAAGUAAUUCUCGAUCUCGUACCAAAUCAUACAUCCGACAAGCACGAGUGGUUUCAAAAGUUUCUCGCAGGGGAGAAGAAAUAUAAGGAUUAUUAUAUUUGGAGGAAGGGACGAAAGGAUGAUGGUGUGACACCACCGAACAAUUGGAUCAGUGUAUUCAGUGGUCCUGCCUGGACGUACAAUGCAACGUUGAAGGAAUGGUAUUUCCAUCAAUUCGAGUACAGACAACCAGACUUAAAUUACAGUAACCCAGUAGUGCGAGCUGAAAUGGAAGACGUUAUGCGAUUUUGGCUACGUAAAGGCGUAGAUGGUUUUCGAAUAGACGCUGUUCCGCAUCUCUUCGAGAGCGAUCAUUUUCGUGAUGAACCCAGAAGUUCCGAUGCAAAUGCUACUAAUCGUGAUUACACUUAUUUAGACCAUAUUUAUACCAAAGACAAUCCACGAACCUAUGAACUCGUAAAAAGCUGGAGGAAGGUUCUUGAUGAUUAUUCCGAUGCCAAUAACGAGGAUGAGAAGGUGAUGAUGACCGAAGCUUACACAUCUCUAGAAAAUACUACGAAAUAUUACCAGUAUGGCUCUCACAUACCAUUCAAUUUCAAACUGAUCACCGAUGUGAAUCAUAAUUCGACUGCAUCAGAUUUUAAGAGGACCAUCGAGGCGUGGAUGGCACAAACUCCAAGCACUGGAAGUGCCAAUUGGGUGUUGGGAAAUCACGAUCGAAGUCGUACUGCGUCACGUUAUCCAAAAAGGGAAUUGCAAAUGAUGAUGCUACCAAUGAUCUUGCCUGGUGUUGCCGUAACUUAUUACGGAGAAGAAAUUGGAAUGGUUGAUAAGAGUGAUAUAUCUUGGGAGGAUACGCAAGAUCCGCAAGCUUGUAAUGCCGGAAAGGAUAAAUAUCGAAGUCGAUCUCGCGAUCCGAAUCGCACACCUUUACAAUGGGACAAUAGUACAAAUGCCGGAUUCAGCGGAACUAAUCGAACGUGGCUUCCUGUACAUGAAAAUUAUAAAGUAUUAAAUUUGGAAAAACAAAAAAACUCCAAAGGACAGUCUCUUUAUAAGGCUUAUCGAUCUUUGAUUCAAUUGCGCAAUUCUUCGCCCGCUUUACAGGAAGGAUCAUUGAAAAUGAAGGUGGUGAAACUCAAAACGGAUUAUUGUUACAACUGUGAAUUCUUAACUGUCAGCCGAGAAGUUCAUGGAGAGACAGUGACUUUCUUUAUGAGUUUCUCUCGAGUGAUAAACCUUCUAGUAAACUUGAAAGAACAUAUGACAUUGUAUAAAUAUACAUAUGUCGAAGUUGAUGCAUAUCAUUCGAAUAGAUAUAAACCGCUUACCAUGUAUGUAAACCUUCCACCUUGGCAUGGAAUGAUCGUAUCCUCUAGCAAUUAUAUUCGACAAUUAUAAUCGACAAAUUGCAAUAGGAUUUAUCCAAUAGGAUUUCCAUUAUCGAAAGAUUUCAUCACCACUAUUAUGCAGUAUUAUAUUUUAUAAAUAUAUUCGAAAUGCAAGAUUAGCCUGUA